GCAUGCCAGUACCUCCUGGAUGGAGCCAGGAAAAGUGUGGGGCGUGACCGGAAGGGCUGGUUGCCCCCUCCUGCAGGGGCUCAGGUGUGUUUCCGCCAUGCGCUGUUGCAGGCCCCGGAACUGCUGGAGCAGCAGAAGUACACGGUGACUGUCGACUACUGGAGCUUUGGUACCUUGGCUUUCGAGUGCAUCACGGGCUUCCGGCCUUUUCUCCCCAACUGGCAGCCUGUGCAGUGGCAUUCCAAAGUCCGGCAGAAGAGUGAGAUGGACAUCGUCGUUUUUGAAGACUUGAAUGGAGCAGUGAAAUUUUCGAGCUCUUUACCCUACCCCAAUAAUCUUAACAGCAUCCUGUUGCAGCGACUGGAGAAGUGGCUGCAGCUGAUGCUGAUGUGGCACCCCCGGCAAAGGGGCACUGACCCCGCGUACGGGCCCAAUGGCUGCUUCAAGGCCCUGGAUGACAUCUUAAACUUAAAGCUGGUUCAUAUCUUGAACAUGGUCACAGGCACCAUUCACACCUAUCCAGUGUCAGAAGACGAGAGUCUGCAGAGCUUAAAGGCCAGAAUUCGGCAGGACACAGGAAUCCCUGAGGAGGACCAGGAGCUGCUGCAAGAAGCAGGUCUGGCGUUGAUCUCCGACAAGCCUGCCACUCAGUGUAUUUCAGACGGGAAGCUCAACGAGGGCCACACAUUGGACAUGGAUCUCGUUUUUCUCUUUGACAACAGUAAAGUCACCUAUGAAACUCAGAUCUCCCCACGGCCCCAACCUGAAAGUGUCAGCUGUAUCCUUCAAGAGCCCAAGAGGAACCUGCCUUUCUUCCAGCUGCGGAAAGU